AUGAGUCAACCAUCAUUCAAGAGAGGAACACCAGUGAUGGACUCAGCUUACAGACCAUUCAAUAACAACUUUAAACAUAUACCUCAACAAUCACAGGAAUUUCCACAUUCAGCUCCAGUCACUCCUAAAUUUCAUUAUUCUAAAGAGUCUGUCAGUAAUUUCAAAACCCUAACUCAAUCACCAUCGAUAGCGAGCAGUAGCAAUACAAUAACCAUUACAUCACCAUAUAGUAGCAACAGCAACAACAACAACAACAACAAUAUGAUAAUACAUAGAAAUAGAGUGAAUACCUCGAAUAAUUUACACAAGAAUACACAUUGCGAGAGCGAACCAGCUUCUUUUGCUAUGACACCAAGAUCCAACUAUCAGUCGACACCAAACAUGAACUAUUCGCCAAUGGAUAUUUCCUAUUCACCAUUUAAUUUAAGUACUCAAACUCCAAUGAUUACAUCGCCAAUCGAAUCAUCCUUAUCGGCCAAACAACUAGAGGAUCUUCUGAGUCAAUUCCCAGAGGAGAUUUUAAUUACCAUUCUUUCCUUCUUGACAACUUCCGACCUUUACAGCUGUCUCUUUGUUUCAAAGACCUGGAGAAGACUAUGUGAAGAUGAAUAUAUAUUUAAGAGUAUAUGUCAAUUUAACUAUCCAUGUUUACAGAGAUAUAUAAAGCCACCAUUUGAAACGUCUUGGAAAAGAUUUUAUCGUUUAAGAAAAGGAUCAUUUUUAGUUUUAGGAGGACCUGUAGCACAAUCUUCUUGUAUGGAUGAUAUUUGUUCAAAGUUAAGAUCAGUUGGUAUAAAGAGAAUCGAACAUUUCUAUACUCAAAAGAGAAUCCCAACUCUGGAGGAACUACAAAAGUAUGCUGGUGUAUUGGUGUACAGUUAUAAUUCAUCGGCAUUCAUGUGUGGUCAAGCUAUGGGUGAUGUUCUCGCUGACUAUGUCGACAAUGGUGGUGGAGUUGUAGUGACUGUCUUUACAAAUUGUAAUAAUCUGCGUAACGGAUUCCUCAAAGGCAGAUUCCUGGAACAGAACUACCAUCCUAUCACACCGUCCAGACAACACGACACCAACGGAAAGAAGCCACUGACUCUUGGAAAGGUAUUCUUGCCGGAACAUCCAAUUAUGAACGAUGUCAAAUCGCUAGACGGUGGCAGAUCGUCGUUUUACUGUCCAGGAGCACUGCAUCCCGAUGCCGCUUUGGUUGCUGAAUGGUCAAACAACUUCCCACUGGUAGCAGAGCUCAACAAAGGAAAAGGAAAAGUGGUCGCUCUUAACUUUUUCCCACCAAGCAGUGACACUGGUGACGCUAGAUUCUGGUCGUCGGCCACCGAUGGAUCUAUUCUCAUGGGCAAUGCACUGGCAUACGUCGGUAAGAGUGCCAUCCUAAAGAAAUAUAAACAGAGUCUCAUUGAGGGAGCUACAUUUUACAAUGCACAGAAAGAUGGUGAAGGAGCAAGCAACGGACUGCACGACAAAGAUAUGUACGGCCACAAGAGAAGUCCAAAAGAGAAAAAGCACAAGUUCCUUGGAAAAGAUUUUAAUUUUGGUGGUGAAGUUCAAGGAUUGAGGAGAUUCUCUGUAAGUAUUAAUUAA